AUGAAAUCUUCCACUUGUUCAGAAUUACAGGUGACUUCCCAAUCAUCUAUUUCACCACCUAUUAAGGAAGAUUCUGCAAAAACUGAAACCAAUACAAGCAUAGUUCAAGAUUUUAUACAAGAAGUGUCUUCAGAGUUGAUAGAUGAAGAUGAUAUCCAAAUUAUUGAUGGAAAUCAAGAGCUAACAAUUGACAUGACAAUAGAAGUUGAGCUUGCUCAUCUAUUUCUAAAAGUAAGUAUUGAAGGGAAGAACACUAUACAGCUAAAAAAACCUAACUCAUAUUCUGGAUGCAAAAAUACAGAAAAAGUGAGACCUAAAGUUCCACUUGAGAGAAAUCAGGGGUCUGUCUCAAAAAAAUUACCAGAUGCCAAGAUAAGCAUUUCACUUACACUUCAAACUUCGAAAACCAAUCUGACUAAUGCAUCAGAGGCACGAGAGCAAUAUUUGGAUUCAGUUGAGCUGAACAAGGUUACCAAUGAAAGAUACGUUAACGGUAUCCUACGCCCAUAUGGUUCAGCCCUUUGGUCGAUGCUUGGAUUAGAGUGCUGUGGUAACCUUCUUUUUAAUAUGGAAUUUGAUUAUUACUCGGAUACCUAUGUGUUCAGUUCCAAUCCUAAGGACUUGAGUAUUUUAAACUUUCUUAAUUAUCUGAAAGAUAAAUUGGUAUUCACAUCAGAUAGCAAACAAGAAGUCCAGGAUGCGCUUACAAGAACGGUCGAAAGUGUUAUUGAUUCGCCUAUUGUACAGGCUGGGAUAAAGAAACGGUUAAAAAAAAUAUCCGAUAAUAUCAGUGAUACUUUUGAAAGAAAGGAAAUUGUUGAAUUUUUUGCGGAAUUGGACAAGGAGUUUGAGGCAAGGCAAAAUCGACGAAAUCUCGAGAUGUCUUAUGAUAAGUAUAGCUCCGAACUACUACAAAAGUCUGGUGAUUUAAAUACAUCGAGACUUUCAUCUUAUUAUAUGACAAUGUCUGCCGAAUUUCACGAAAAGACUUCAUUAAAUUCGGCUAUCGAAAGGCCUGUUAAUAGUGAAGGUGCGAUAGAUGUUGAAGUCCCAAUCUCCAAGCGACAUCAAAAGGCAGUUGCUUCUAAGAGUACUAAAAAUAGAAAUGAAGAGUCGGUUGAGAAAUAUAUUUCCCAAGAAGAUUUGUUAAACUCGGUGAACGAAACAUCCAAUACCUUCAAGCAAAUAGAGUUCCCAACGUAUUACGAUAAACUAAAAACCAUAUGGAACACUUGUAAUGCCGGAACGAAUUAUUUUGUUAGAUUUAAGAGACAAAGAAAUAUUAAAUCAACUGCACAAUCUUUUGGAAGAUUAAUAUAUGAUGCUGUUCGACCAAAUUAUAGAAGAUCUUCGGAUGAAGAGGGAGAGGAGGAUGUUGAAGAGGGGUAUGCGGGGAAUGUUGCUGAAAAUGGUAUCGAAAUUGAAGAUGAAUCUGCUUCCGAAAUGGGAAAAAUAACACAUAGUUUGAAUAGAACAGCCAAAAAACUUCGAUUCCUAUCAAACACCAUUCCCAUUCCGGUGCAUGACUAUGAUCAAUCCCAAUUUCCAGACGUACAUAUUAUUAAAAGUGUUCCAGCCACUUAG